AUACCCAAAACUCUAAGGUGCAAUUUUUAUUUUACCUUAUAAUGUGAAAUAUAUAUACGGAAACUAAGAAAUCACAUUUGGGUUUCUGAAAAGUUCUCUCUUUUUUUUUUCUGACAAAUUUGAUUGAAACGAAAUAAGGUACUGUGAUGCUUUAAUGGCUGCUAUUCCAUCGUCGCAGCCUUUUAGCAGUCCUCAAAUGCAGCAAUUUGGAUAUCAAGGUGUUGAAGGAGCAACGUCAAACCCUAUAGGAGCGGAUUCUGUGGCUACCCUUUUGAUUCGGCAUCUUCCCGAGGCCAUUCCUCCCGAAACCCUCUUGCGGCUUUUCUCUCACUACGGAGCGUCAUCUGUUCAACCUUUCUCUAGUGGAAAGUUGAGAAACUGUGCUUUUGUGGAUUUCAAAAAUGAAGCAUUGGCUUCUCAAGCGCAUCGUCAAUUAAAUGGCCUGAAGUUUCUUGGUAAAGUCUUGUUAGUGGAGAGAGCUAGUAAGCCGGCUGAGCAAAAUAAACCUCAACAAACUGGAGUUCAGCUUGGAAAGGAUUUUUCACAAUCUGCAUCUUUGCUGAAAGAUGCCAACUCGACCAGAGACCCGAAUCUAGGUUCAAGAUCGGGAUCAAUACCUGCUAGUGAACCAAUUGCUCCUAGACUUGGUGUAGACUAUCCAUUUCCUCCUCACCUUGAAUAUGCUUACCCUCCACCAGAUGGAAAUAUUUUGACUAAUAUUGUCAAUGCACUUAUUGCUGUUCCCCGCUUCUAUACUCAGGUGUUGCACCUAAUGAAUAAAAUGAAUAUUCCAGCUCCAUUUCAUAUGGCUUUGCCCACACCACCUCUGCCACCUCCAGUACCUGCACCACAACAACCACCCCCACCUCCUGCUUCCACACCUGCUCAGCCUCAUUUGGAAGAUGCAUCUUCUAGUGAAUCUGAAAUGGAGUCUUCGGAUGAGGAGGUCAAUGACAAAGGUGUGCCAAAAUCUGCAAGGAAGCGUGCAAGGCGAGAAGUUAUUGUAGGCCCUGCAAUUGAUAAAAGUGUAGCUCAUGAAGCUGUUGGAGUGAAACCUGCCACCUUGAUCCCAAAAGAAAUCCCAUUGAUGAAAAAGAAGAACCCUUUACUACAGAUCAAAAUUGCCCCCAAACACAUUCCAUAUGAGCGGAAAGAUGAUGGUGCUGAUGAUGACCAUAAACAGAUUUUAGAGGAACUGAAUGAGGAAGGCUUAGAUGCUAAACAAUUUGCUUCUGCCGACGAGUUGGAAAAGGGAAAAUUGCCCCCAGAAGAAAUCUUAUCACUUCCAAUGUUUAAGAACUAUACAGCUGGUAAUCCUGCUUCUGUGUUGUAUAUAAAGAACUUGGCAAAGGAUGUUGUUCCUGAAGAUUUCUACUUCAUAUUUGGAUCAUUAUUUGGAAGCAUUGAUGCUGCUACAUCCGGUCUUAAUGUGAAGCUAAUGCAGGAGGGAAGGAUGAGGGGUCAAGCGUUUGUGACAUUUCCAUCAGUUGAACUUGCCCAUCGUGCUUUGAACCUCGUAAAUGGAUAUGUAUUCAAAGGCAAACCAAUAAUUGUCCAGUUUGGCCGGAAUCCAGCUGCAGCAAAAACAAAUUAAAUUGAUAUGAGGCGGUAGGAGCAAGUCUCCAUAUAUUGUUGAUUAGGCCUUAUUAAGUCAGGUAGUCUUACCUUCAUAAUGUUAUAAUCCCAAGGAUGCACCGAGCAAUGUGUGAUAGGGUUUAUGAAAUGAUAUAUCUUGCAACUAAAAUUUUCAUGUAGCAAAGCAGAGCAGGGUCUUGCAACUUGGCUUCCUUGAAGGUUCACUCCAAAAGUCAUGAUUUGUACCUUCAUUGGUGAAAGGAGAGCAAAGCAGAGCAGGGUCUUGCAACUUGCCGAUACAGAAUUUAAAGGUGCAGAGUCGCUAGGGUAAACCUUUAUCGUUCCAGAGCUCUAAUGUGAAGCCGUUGCAAUGCCCUCAGUUUUUCUUGGUCGAUCAUAAACUGGGUACAAGCAUGCUGUGCUGAAGUAGAACUUAUUUUUAGGCUUGGUACUCCUGAUUGUGAUUUGGAAUUUGGAUAAAAUAAAUUAGAUACAGAAUAGGAAAGCUUACACUUAUUUGGAGCCUUUCGAUACUUCAGGUUGUAAUAUUAUUAUUAUUAUAAUCAAUGGUUUCAAACACUCCUUUUUCAUCA